AAACUGCUUCCUAGUCCCUCGGAAAGGCACAGUCCGCGAACAGUCCUCGUCCGACUCAGAUCAACCUGGAGGUUUGCUUUUACAGGAGCACUCAAUAGUUCUAUCAAGUGUUGUCUUUUGCUUUGCAAAUUUUACCAAGUUCAACAAUGAAGGCCUUCGUGUUGGGAUCAGUGCUGCUGCUGGCUUCGGUCUGCUCCGGAUCGUACAUUCCUGCCGAUACCCCUGAAGUGGCUGCUGCCAAGGCUGCUCACCUCGCUGCCCACGCUCACGUUGCCGCUCAUGCUGCGCCAGCCCAUAACCAUUGGGGCCCAGCUCAUGAUGGCCCAGCGCAGAAGUGGCACGGACCCAUCCACAUCCCACAGAUCCACAACGGUGUCCCAGUCGAAACCCCAGAAGUUCAGCAUGCCAAGGCUUUCCACGCUGCCGCUUACGCUAAGGUUUCCGCUUACCCUAGCCAUGGUCCAGCUCCACUGCACGCCCCAGUUGCGCCAGCCCACCUCGGAGCCGGAGCCUGGCACGGACCCCAGCACGUUCCAGUCAUCCACAACGGAGUCCCAGUCGAAACCCCAGAGGUCCAGCACGCCAAGGCUGCUCACCUGAACGCUCUGGCCAGCGCUGGUGCUCACGGACCCGCCCCAUGGGCCGCGCACGGUCAUGGACACGAAGAUGAUGGCUCCUACAAGCCACACUUGUACGAGGCCCCUCACUACUAAGUCACCCAUUCGCCAAAAACGCCUCCAUUCCACGAAUGCCAAACCUUAGGAAUUAGCCAUUUGUAUAAUACUCAUCAACUCUGUCCAUGCCCGAUGCCUUGGAACGACUAUUGUAAGAAGACCGCAUUUCAUACAAACACGCCGUAAACACCACACAACUAUUGAGUGCCACGUAGAAUUGUCAAAUAGGAAGAGUUCUUCCACAAAUGCCACUGAAAUAACAUCAACAUCAGCACGUUACUCCUCGAAGUCAAGAACCAUCGAAGUAGACCGUGCUGGUGGUCACAUUUGUGGGAGUAGCUUCCAAACGAAUGCUAAGAAAUGUCAAAUCGAUCGAAGAUUGCUUAGAUCGAAGUCUGUUUACUAUAAGGGAGCAACAUCAUGAACUACAAUCUCCAGGAGAUUCCGAAAAGCAGGCUCUAGAAAAGAUUAAGAGUGAGACGGAAGCCCAUCAGCGCGAUGUGGCUUCCACUGAGCGUACGCGGUCGUGUUUGUACUCUGUAUGAAUGAUUUUGUAAAAUGAACUGAAUGAAACUGCCAAUUGCAAAGCAAAAGAUUUAAAGAAUCUUAA